AUGGUAGCACAUACAGGGAAUUCGACGAUGACUACUACAACUAAUACUACUCUACCAACAAAUAAUUAUUUAUCACCAACAGUUAAAAUGAAUUUACCUCAAAACUUACUUAAUCCAAUUGACUAUUGGACAAAAAAUGAUGUACAAAAAUGGAUUGAAUAUUGUAUCGAUGAAUAUUCAUUAGGAGAUGUUAAUUUGAAAGAUUUUGAAAUGAAUGGUAAAGCUUUACUAUUAUUGAAUGAAGAUAGUUUUAAACAACGUUCUCCACGUUCUGGUGAUAUCUUGCAUAAAGCUCUUCAACAACAUAAAACUUUGCUGAAGUCAUGGCAAUGUCAAACGUUUCCAUAUCCUCUAUGGAACAAUUUUGGCUUUCCUCCACCCUCAUCAUCGGCACGCCGUUUUAAUAUUCCUCCACCACCAACAACAUCAUUACCUCUAUCAUCAUUUCAUCCAAAUGCUGCCGGUGUCCUUUCACAUCAAGCUGCUGCGGCUGCUGCUUGUAUGCAUCCGGCAUUUAAUUAUAUCUUUAGUCGUCCUGAAACAAUGUCUAAACCAUCUUUAAUUAAUCAUCAAGCAAACUAUUAUAAUAUGAAUCAACACCAAUCAACACGAAAUCGUGAAAUAUCAGGUUCAUCGUCAUCUUCAACAUCGUCUUAUUGUCCAGAUGUAACAUCAGCCAAGAGGUUACAUAAAUCACAUGAAAAAUGUGAAUUCAAUCAUCCGGUGCAUGAAUCUAUGGGCAUUAAACGUGAAGCAUUAUCACCAAACGAUCAUCAGUCAAAUCGACAACCAACACCAAAUUGUUCACCCACAACAACAAGAACUGCUAGUCCAUCUAUAAAACAAGAAUCCAUGGACGAUGAAGACGUGGAUAUUGAACAACAUGAAACAGCUCCAACACCACCUAUAACAUCAAGCUCACCAUCAUCAUCUCUUAAAUCAUCAUCAUCAGGUUUAUCAAAAUUGAAUAUUUUAAACAAUGAAUCAAUACCAAUUAAAAUUCGUUCACAAUUAUCACCAAGAAUAAAACAACAGCCAAAUGAUGUAACAAACACAGGUGAAAAUAAUGACGAUUUAGAACGAGAUAGUCUUGCAAAUGAUAAUACAAGACAAAUACGUUAUUAUCAUGAUCGAAUUGAUUUUCGAGGUGAUAUUCUCAUGAAACCACCAGCAGCUAAAAAUUGUCGUAUUCUAUGGGAGUUUCUAUAUAUUUUACUUGAAGAUUCUCAUUAUGAAUCAAUUAUUCAUUGGGAAAAUCGAGAAAAAAUGAUUUUUCGAAUUAUUCAAGCAGAUAAACUUGCUGCUCUUUGGGGGCUUCAAAAAAAUCGUUUAUCAAUGACAUAUGAAAAAUUAUCUCGUGGUAUGCGUUAUUAUUAUUCAAAUAAUAUCAUAUCGAAAGAACAAUCAAAACGAUUACUCUACCGUUUUAUGCGUACACCAGAUGAAAUUCGAAAAAGUAUGAAACGUACUAGUGGUACAACAAGUAUGGUUUAUUCGAAUUUAAAUAAAAAAACGACACUUUCAUAUCAAGCAACUGCUGCUAGUCCUAUUAAUCAAGAAACUAAUGUAAAAUUUAGUCCAGAUCAUGAUGAUAAUUCAUCAUCAUCAUCACAUUUUACAAAUCAGCCAUCAGCACAAAUACAUCAUCAGCUUCUUCAAUUAUUUUCAAUUUAUUCACCAUCGACUUCAUCGAUGGUAUCGAAUUUAAAUUCAACAAAUGCGGCUCUAUUAUUUCCUCCACGUAAUGUUACUAAUAAUUCAUCGUCACCAUCAUCGAACAUUCCAUCAUUCGAUACAAAAUCAUUACCAUUAUUAGCAACAAUAGGAAAAAGUGAUCGAUCCACUUCAUCAUCACCUGAUUCAUUUGAUAGUAGUCGUGAUCGUACAAGUGACAGUGAAAAACAACAUUGUAGUCCAUCACAAUCAUUAUCAUCAUCUACAUCAACAUCAUCUUAUUCAACAUCAACUAAACGUAAACAAGCUGUUCCAUUAUCAUUAACAGCACGUCUAUCUCAUCAACAUCAUCAUUCAGAUCAACCGCUUAAUUUAGCUGCUAAUAAAGAACAUACAAUAGAAGAUUGUAAGAAACCAAAAAUGAUUUCACCUCAGUCCAUUGGAUGA